AAAGGGGCCCCAAUAAUGGCAGCUUUUAGCCCCACGCUAAUCUCCCGUUCCUUGCCUCACAUUUCGGCCAGCCAGGCCACCGCGUCCCACCCGUGCGCCCCCGCAUCGCCGCUUCCUCUCCUUCCCUUCCCCUUCCCUUCCCUUCCGAGAACGCACGUCAAUCCCACCACCGCCAUGGCCGCGCUGGCCCGCGCCUCGCUCCUCCGAUCCGCCGUUCGACGGCUCCGGGCCUUCUCCACGGCCGCCGCCGAGGGCGCCGCGCCCCGCCGCGACGCGAGGGCUACAGCGGCGGCCGCGCUGGCUGCCGGGUCGGGGCUGGGGAUCUGGCUGCUCCCCCCGUCGCCGCAGCCGCUCGCGGACUCUGGCCAGGGGGACUUCGCCGUGGCGCAGGCGGGCUUUGGGGACGUGGGCGCCGUGGAGGAGCCCGAGGAGGAGAAGCGCAGGUUCCUCUUCCGAGACUCGUAUCGCAGAAGGGUGUUCUUCAACUAUGAGAAGCGCAUUCGGACGCGCAGCCCUCCUGAGAAGAUCUUUGAGUACUUUGCGUCCAUCCGGAACCCGGAGGGCGAAGUCUACAUGUUACCUGCGGACUUGAUGAGGGCUAUUGUUCCCGUUUUCCCUCCAUCCGAAUCUAAUGUUGUCAGGGAAGGAAGACUCAGAGGGGAGCGCAACCCUGGUGAGCUACAGUGUGCUCCUUCUGAGUUUUUCAUGCUGUUCGACACAAACGGCGAUGGGCUCAUCUCCUUUGCCGAGUAUAUCUUUUUUGUAACAUUGCUUAGCAUUCCUGAGUCGAGCUUCAGUAUAGCUUUCAAGAUGUUUGACCUUGACCACAAUGGGGAAAUAGAUAAAGAAGAGUUUAAGAAAGUAAUGGCGUUGAUGCGGUCCUAUAAUAGGCAAGGAUCUGCCCACAGGGAUGGGUUACGUAUUGGACUUAAGGUUGGUCAGCCAGUGGAAGAAGGUGGACUGCUUGAGUACUUUUUUGGCAAGGAUGGCAGUGACCAUCUACACUAUGAAAAGUUCUCUGAUUUUUUGAAGCAAUUACAUGAUGAGAUUGUUCGCUUGGAGUUCAAUCACUAUGAUAUAAAAUCAUCCAAGACAAUAUCUGCUAAGGACUUUGCAUUAUCCAUGGUUGCUUCUGCUGACAUGAAUCACAUAAACAAGCUACUUGACAGAGUUGACGAUUUUGAUGAAUCUCCUGAUGUCAAGGAUUUGCGCAUUACCUUUGAGGAGUUCAAGGCUUUUGCUGAUCUGCGGCGAAGAUUGGAACCAUUUGCAAUGGCUAUCUUCAGCUAUGGAAAAGUAAAUGGUUUGUUGACAAAGCAGGAUCUAAAACGUGCUGCAACUCAUGUUUGUGGGGUGGACUUGACUGAUAAGGUGGUGGAUGUCAUUUUCCAUGUGUUUGAUGCAAACUGUGAUGGGAACCUAAGCUCAGAGGAGUUCUUGAGGGCACUACAAAGACGGGAAAGCAAUAUUCGGCAGCCCACUACUCCAGGUUUAAUGGGGGUAUUCUCCUGCUGGCUGAACUGUACGAAGUGUUCUUUUCAACAGAUGCUGUUUCAGUAGAAUAUAUCUUGAUACUAACAAGACUAGCCGUCUGUCGCCCUGGGCCACUCUCUAUUUGACGUACGUAGGCCAUGCUCAACAUAUAUGAAGUUAGUUGCUUCUGUCGCAUAACAUUCCACUUGCAUACAUAGCUGGUGUCUCUGAUGGUUUUGGUCAUGGCAGGAGCUGGAGAACGAAUACAACAAACCGCUAGGUCAGCAGACACGAUCUUGUUGUACAUAUUGUCCUGCGGAUCAAAGUUGUCCAAUUAUGUAGUAGCUGUAAAUAACACAAUUCUGUUCUGGCCCAAGGGCUCAGUUGACAGAUAUCUCCUUCACUGAUGUAAUGAACCUGUGACUUUGAACCUCGUUUACUUCCUGCCAA